CAGUCAUCUGCAGUCUAGACGUCACCUAAAAAAAAGUCGUAUACAUUGACUGAAUGAAUGAUUGGGUAAUAAUAAUAAUAAUAAUAAUAAUAAUAAUAAUAAUAAAAGACAACAACAAAACUAAUGGAUCACUUGUUGUGAUGAUUGUCGGACAAUACAACUGUUUGUUUGUUUGUUUUGGUUAUAACUUAUAAGUUCUUCAGAUAUCAUAUAUGAUAUAACAAUACGAUUGUAUGUCUUGAAGUGUUUGUCUGUUUGUCUGCUAUUUUCGUUGUUUUUUUAGUCGCCGUAUAUAAAAUGUCUUCAGACAACUCGUCAGUAAACAACAACAACAAUGGUUACUAUCAACGGAUUCAGUCAUUGGUUACAAGAUUUCCGUCCCGUUUUCGAUGGCUAUCUGGUCGGCGGCGGCGGCAGCAGCGACCGGACGACCAAAACAUGACAUCAUCGACGACGACGACGACGACAAACGCUAUGAAUGUUUCCGAUACGGAAUCGACGGCAAGAAUCUGUAGGCAACCUAUCGACGACUCGGUGACCACUGAUGACAAUCAACGACCGCCGCAUUUGUCGUCGUCGUCAUCGUCACGGAGAGAGUCCACACAAUCGCUGUUUGAAUCCCAAGACGACAACAACAACAGUUCACAGACAACAACACCUGCACAGAGCCCGACCACUGCUAACGGUUGCGGCGGACGGCCAACAGUUUCACGACCACCACAUUCACAUCUAUAUCGUCACUCAUCCCACUAUCCAUUGCUGUUCGGUUCGUACAAUAAUAACUGGUCAUCGGUUCGCGACAAUCGUCUAUUAGCUCAUCUGCAUAACGGUAGCAGCGAUUAUACGGCGGCAACCAAUCGGCUGAAUAGUGUGGACAAAGAGCGCAAUGUUUUAUCAGCUAUUAUGUCGAUAGUAGUGAUCGCCACUCUGGCCACUGCCUUAGCUCAGCCCAAAUGGUUUUCAAUUACCGGCGGUGUCUGCGAUCGCAAAUACAUUGGUCUUCAGGAGUACUUCUAUGUCACCAAUUUUAAUAACUAUCAUCACUUAGAUAAAGACAAAAUAUUACAGACAUUUAGUAAACCAAAAUCACUUUCGGAUACUCGAGAACUGUCGCAUAUAUUGUCGACAAAUCCUCCGCCGCUGCUAUCAUCGUACGACAUGAAUGGCGGCGAAACCUUCAGGAACUGUUUGACACCGGAAAUAGUGGCACUUCAGCGGCUGAUAAUUGGUUUAUGUUUUUUUGCCAUUAUAUUCAAUUUGAUUCAAUUCUUCUUCGACACACUCGGCGUCAACAGAAAAUGGCUGAACGCCGUCCGAUCGCACGCAUUGGGCAAUAUUGUGGGCGUACUGUUGUGCGCCAUUAUUGUCGGCGUUGCCUAUCUGGUGUCGACACUGUUGGAAAAGGAACAGUAUAGGCUGAUGAUGACUAUAAUGAAAGACCAAAAACACCAUAAGCUGUCAUCAUCUUUAUCAUCAUCGGACGGAAUACCUGUUGUUGUUUUGCCCACUAUUCGUACCAUCGGUACCGGUGGUAGUAGUCAGGAACCGGUCGGUCAGCAUCAUAUCGAAGUCAAGUUCGAGUUGAGCUACUAUUUGGUAACAUUUUCCGGUUUGUUGGCCAUUAUAGCGGCCGCUUCUAAUCUAUUGAGACGACCGCAACACUAUUAUAUUGAGACUAGCGAUGCCUUUUGGACGGAUGAUAUUGACGAAGAUUUUAUUACAAGUACCGGUACGUCGUCGUCCAUAUCGACUGCUGUUCCCAACAAUUGGCAUCCAUAUCAUACAUCCCGUCCCCUAAUGUAUCCAAUGCCUACACCGGCCACUCAUCCGUCCGUAUCAUUGCCUCCACCGCCUCCUUAUACGCCUUGAAAUAGAUUUGAAUU